AUGCCAUUUAUUCAAGAUUUUAAACCAGUUGCUUUAAAAGACAGCAAUUUAUUUAAACCAAUCAAAGUUGGGAACAAUGAGUUGCCUCAACGUAUAGCCAUGGCUCCCUUAACAAGAAUGAGAGCACAUCAUCCGGGCAAUAUCCCAAAUAAGGACUGGGCAGUCGAGUAUUACAGUCAAAGGUCAGAAAGACCAGGUUCUUUCAUUAUCACCGAAGGUGCUUUCCCUUCAGCACAAUGUGGUGGGUACGACAAUGCGCCAGGUAUUUGGAGUGAAGAGCAACUUGUGCAAUGGAGAAAAAUUUUUGGUAAGAUUCAUGAAAAUAAGUCAUUUGUUUGGGUGCAAUUGUGGGUUUUAGGUAGACAAGCGUUUGCUGACAAUUUAGCUAGGGACGGGUUGCGUUACGAUUCUGCCUCUGAUGGGAUUUACAUGGAUGAGGAAAGCAAAGAGAGAGCUUUGAAAUCCAAUAAUCCUCAGCAUGGAAUCACUAAAGAGGAAAUCAAGCAAUACAUCAAGGAGUAUGUCCAAGCUGCCAAAAACUCUAUUGCUGCUGGGGCAGACGGUGUAGAAAUCCACAGUGCCAACGGGUAUUUGUUGAACCAAUUUUUGGAUCCAAUUUCCAACAAAAGAACCGAUGAAUAUGGUGGUAGCAUUGAAAACAGAGCACGCUUUACUUUAGAAGUUGUUGAUGCAGUUGUUGAAGCCAUUGGCCAUGAAAAAGUUGGUGUCAGAUUUUCUCCCUAUGGUAAAUUUGGUACUAUGUCUGGAGGAUCUGAUCCAACUUUGAUAGCACAAUUUGCCUAUGUGAUUGGUGAAUUAGAAAAGAGAGCCAGGGAUGGGAAAAGAUUAGCUUUUAUUCAUUUAGUGGAACCAAGAGUUGUGAAUCCCUUUGAUCCAGAAGGUUCGAAUGAAUAUAAAGAUGGUACAAACGAUUUUGUUUAUUCUAUCUGGAAGGGGAACAUUAUUAGAGCUGGUAACUAUGCCUUAAACCCUGAGAUUGCCGAACGUGAUGCCAAUUUGGAUGACAGAACCAUAAUUGGUUAUGGUAGAUUUUUUAUUUCUAAUCCUGAUUUGAUUGACAGAUUAGAGAAGGGAUUGCCAUUGAAUAAAUAUGAUAGAUCUACUUUCUAUGCUUUUACUGACAAGGGUUAUACCGAUUACCCUACCUACAGUGAAGCAGUUAAAUUGGGUUGGAAAUGA